CUCACUCACUCACGCACGCACGCACGCACGCACGCACGCACGCACAGCGUCGAGAGAAACGCGCGUCCACAUACACUCCGCACGCACUCGUGCACAUACCAACAUAUAUAUAUAUAUACAAUACACACACAUACAUAUAUAUAUAUAAGCGCACACAAUACACAUAUACACAUACACGCACGCACGGAGGAGACCUGCGGAUCCCCCGUCCCGGGCGCCAAUUUAAUGGAUCCGACCAUCGGUUGGUACCAACCGGAGCAGUACGGCCCCGCCAAGGAUCUGUGGUUGCAUAUCUGGGAGGCUGAGAAGGGCCUUGACGUAUUGACCCUGCGUAACGAUCCCGCGAAUACGAUGGGCGUGCGGCUGCAGCAGGACUUCCUUGCGCUGGACACGACGAGCUCGACGGCGACCGGCAUCGGCGGCACUGGCACAGGCACCAAUACCGCCAACACGCCGUCAUCCGCCGCGGGCUUCGGCGGCGGCAUCGGCAUCGGCGGUAUAGGCAACGGCAAUGCCAAUAACGGGGGUGGCAACGGCGGCAACGGCCGCACAAUCCCCACCGCUGCCGUCGCCAGCAACGGAGAGCACCGCGUGCCCCACAACGCUUGCUGCAACAGUUACUAUAACCCGUCGCGCAGGAAAAGCGAUAAUCGCGCUAGCACCUACGGCAUGAACUACAAUUACGACGCCCUAGUCGGCGAAUACGGAGGAUGCCCUUGGCGUAUGCCGAACAAGCAUUACUCCAAAGGUGUGAUCGGAUUACAUGAAGAGAUAGAAGAUUUCUUUGCUUAUAUGUGUCCAUCACACGAAGAACAUGUUUUAAGAAUGCGAGUUGUAAAAAGAAUAGAAUAUGUAAUUUAUGAUCUCUGGCCAGACUCUAAAGUCGAGGUAUUUGGCAGUUUUCGCACCGGUUUAUAUUUGCCUACAAGUGACAUAGAUUUGGUAGUAAUAGGAAUGUGGAAAAAUCUGCCAUUACGUACUUUGGAACGUGCUUUACUAGAUCAAAAUAUCGCUGAGCCAUCUUCUAUUAAAGUGUUGGAUAAAGCCAGUGUGCCGAUCGUCAAACUGACCGACAAAGAGAGCGAGAUUAAGGUGGACAUCAGUUUCAAUAUGAAUAACGGCGUCAAAUCUGCGGAACUAAUAAACUCUUUCAAGAGGCAAUACCCAGUACUCGAGAAACUAGUCAUGGUAUUGAAACAAUUCCUACUGCAGAGAGAUCUUAACGAAGUGUUUACCGGUGGUAUAUCGUCGUACAGUUUAAUACUCAUGACCAUCAGUUUUUUACAAUUACACCCGAGGCAAAAUGCUUACUGUUCGAACGCCAACCUGGGAGUACUGUUAAUCGAAUUUCUAGAGUUAUAUGGUAGAAAGUUCAACUAUGUUAAGACUGGCAUACGUGUAAAGGACGGUGGUACUUACAUAUCUAAAGAAGAGGUACAGCGAGACAUGAUAGACGGUCAUCGACCGUCUCUGUUGUGCAUAGAAGAUCCACUCACACCUGGCAACGAUAUCGGCCGCAGUAGUUAUGGUGCUUUGUAUGUAAAAGAUGCAUUUGAUUGGGCCUAUUUCGUCCUUUCUCAAGCAGUCAGUCCUUUAAAUAUUUUAAUUAAUGACGCCAGUAAAGUAAGCAUACUGGGAAGAAUAAUUCGUGUGACCGACGAAGUGAUAGAUUACCGUAGAUGGAUUAAAGAAACAUUCCUACUACCUUUGAGUGAGGGAGACUCUCUAUCAAGCUCAACUGGUUCUGAUGCAUCCACUCUUUCAGCUCCCGCCAGUGAUACGGACUCUGAAUGUAGCCGUGGCAAUUCUCCGAACACUGGCGGAAAGAACGACAACGAUAAAAACAAAGAUAGGCUUUUUUAUAAUAAUCAGCAAAUACAUCAUUAUCCAGGGAGAAAAGCUUUCAAAGCAGCAACUAUUUAUGGGAAUCACCAACAGAACUACAAAGGUAUUCAUCAUCGCGUUAACAUCAAUAUAACCGGUCAAAACAAGACCAAACAUCCACUCCAUAGUAAUGGAAAUAAUAAUAACAAUAACAACAACAAUACUAGUCACAGUCCAAGCUCCAGGCAAACCACGGUGAAAAGGAAGAAGCAGUGUACGAUGCAGCGUGGAACCGGAGAUUGUGUACGGUGAUGAAACGUGCGCGAUAAUUUUGGACAUUACUUCCGUCACUUAAGUAGCGAGCUCAAUAUCAUAACUGUGUGAUAGAAAGACAGCGAUUAUCGUCGGUCACGUAACAACUGAAUUAUCCUACGCGACUCUUCUUUAUCUUCUUUUAUUUUCAACUCGAUGUACAGUAUGGGCACAAUGUCCACAAUUCUAAGAGAGGAAAAAGAAAGAGAGAGGGAGAGAGAGCUUAUGGUUUAUGAAAAUGUUACGAUUCUUGCGCAGACAAGAAUGCCCAAGUAGUAACUAUACAUGUAUACAUAUAUUUCUUUUUUUCAGUUUGCCACAAUUAUAUAUUGCUCUGUACGAAAGUUUACAUACCAAAGAAAGACGUACAGAAUUUUUGAUCGCGAAUCGAGAUAGGAUCUCCGUUUAUACUUCACUUUUAUUACACAGGCUAUAAUAUAAACGGUACCCGGAAACAAGUGUAAUAACAUUCUUGAACAUUAUCGUUUACGAAAUCAGACGAUUCUUAUUGCCAUCUUCGAAUAGCAAUUGUGUUCACAGCCAUAAUUAAACGUAUUGUAAUACAUUUAUAUGAUACAAAAAAGUACACACGUACAUACAUAUACAUACAUAUAUACAUACACAUUUAUACAUAUGCGCGCGCAUACACAUUCACACAUAGAAACGUACACACCGAUAUAAGUUGCGGUACAUUUUUCUCGGGAACUUCACACAAAACUGUGAAACACGCUGAGAUAGUGACAACAAAAACUUAGUUUUCUAUAUGAAACUAUAUUCUUAUAACGAGGGGAUGUGUGACAGCGAAUUCGGUGAUAUUGAGACUUAUCUAAUGUACAUAUUGUAAUAUACAUCAUCAAACAUAGAACAAUAAGUCUAAGAGUUACCUUCUAAAUCUUUUUUCUUUUUUAUUUUGUAAUUAUUUGAAAUAGAGUGUUUGUUACAGUGAUUUUAUCGUAUAAAUUCGCGGAUAAAGCCAUAUCUUAUAAGAGUGAAUAACUGUUCCUUUUCUAUCUUAUUUUUUUUCUCUAUCAAACGUAUACUUAGUAUCGUUGUGUCGGAAGAUUUUGGUAUGUUUUUUCAGAUUUUAAUAAAAUUGCAGAUUCAUAUACUGGUGAUUUAAAAAAGGUAAAAAAAAUAAUAAAAUUUUGAUUAAAACUUUUUUUUAAAAACUCUAGCUUAAUAUAUAUAUUAUACUGACAGAGAGUGAUGACACGCUUCGAAUCUUGGCAGUCUAUUUCGUAGCAACAACUUUCUUGCAAAUUAGCUAUCUCUUUUGUACAGAAACGUUAAUUUCUUAAUGUUAGUUCGUAAUUCUUAUCCAAUAUUCCCUGAACAAUGAUGUAUUAUUUUUAUAUCAGAUAAUUAAAAAGUACACGUUUAUAUUAUAUAAAAAGAAAAAAAGAGAACAAGGAAUCUGAUAUUUAUGAAUCUUACAUUGCAUUUGAUGAAACUUAUGUAUAUGACAAUACGUGAAAAGGCCUUGACAUUACUUAAAAGCUCCGUAUGUUACGUUUCGAUCAUAGUAGGUGUAGUUCAUUGUCGAAUAUUACGAAUAUUACAUUCCGUUGACGCAA